UCAUCCCCUCCAUUCAAUCAUAUCCCCCACCAAAAAAAAAAAAAAAAAAAAAAACAGCCAAAUUUGGCCUAAACCCUUUACUUGUUAUGGUUGUUGAAGCUCUUUAAUCAAUUUUCUGAGCUUCAGAAAGUUGCCAUGGAGGCCCUCAAUGCAGCAAGUUUAAGCCCCUUGGCUGUUCUUUCCGACAGAAAAAGAGAACCCAAAAAAAUCUCCCCAAUCCCAUCUUCUUCCUCCUUCAAGCUCCCAAAUUUUGGUAGUUUAAACACAAAUUUAUCAGUCCCACAAGGGUUUUGCUUAUCAAGAAGCUUACAAGGAAGUUUACUUUUGUUAUCUUCAGCAUUCAAUGCUGGGGUUUCUGGAGCUCUUACUUAUGAUGAGGCUCUCCAACAAUCUAUGACCACUUCUUCAUCUGGGGAUUUAGAUUUAAAUGGGAUUCUUGAUGGGAUUGUAAAUUUUGGAACAGAGAAUCCUGGAAUUGUUGUUGGCGGUGUUUCUAUUUUGGCUCUCCCUUUGAUUUUCUCUCUUUUUCAAGGAAAAUCUAAACCAUGGGGUGUUGAAUCUGCUAAAAGUGCUUAUGCGAAAUUGAGUGAGGAUUCUAAUGCUCAGCUACUUGAUAUUAGAUCGCCAGUUGAAAUAAGGAAAGUUGGUGCUCCUGAUCUUAAGGGUUUGGGUAAAAAACCUGUGUCCAUUGCUUACAAAGGUGAAGAUAAGCCAGGUUUCUUAAAGAAGCUUGGUUUAAAGUUCAAGGAGCCACAAAAUACCACAUUGUUCAUUUUAGACAAAUAUGAUGGGAGCUCUGAACUCGUUGCAGAGUUGGUAACUGUGAAUGGAUUCAAAGCUGCUUUUGCUAUUAAAGAUGGUGCAGAAGGACCUCGUGGAUGGACGAAUAGUGGACUACCAUGGUUAACACCUAAGCCAAGUUUGAGUCUUGGCAGUCUAACAGAUGCCAUUGCUGGUGCAUUCGGUGAGGAUUCUGAAGGUCUGCCUGCUGUUGCUACUGCUGUUGCUGCAGCAGCUACUGGAAUAGGUUUAUUGGCUUUUACUGAGAUGGAAACAGUUCUCCAACUUCUGGGUUCAGCUGCAAUCAUUCAGUUUGUGAGCAGGAAACUUCUAUAUGCCGAGGAUCGGAAGAAAACAUUACAAGAAGUUGAUGAGUUCUUUAAUACAAAGGUGGCCCCACAAGAUCUUGUCGACGAGUUGAAGGACAUUGGAAAGGCUAUAUUACCUUUACCUGCCACUGAGAAGGCGCUACCUGCACCAGCAGAGGCAGCUGUGGAGGUUGCAACGUCCAGUGACACCGUACAGAAAGCAGAAGCUGUUGUGGAGCCUGCUCCCGAGACAAAUUCGGUUGCUAAACAAGAAGUAAAGGCAGAAUCACUGCCCAAAAUCUCAAGGCCGCUUUCUCCAUAUCCUUCUGUAAUUCUCACAUCCAUUGGUUUUUAUUUUCUUUGCUUUUUUCUUCCCAAGCUUCUAGUUGUAGAUUGCAUCCCAUAAAAGCGGAGAAACUUGUCAACUGCCUGAAACAGCUUGGUUCAUAUAGCCAUCUACGUGAAGUGCUUAAAAAAAGGACAACAUUUAGGGAGCCUUUAGAACAAGGAAUGAAGCUAUGAAUUUCUAGAGCUAACAAUGGAUAGAGUUAAUAAGACAUAAAAUUGAUGUUUAAGUUUUGGGCCUACGAACUCCUUAGUCAAACACCCCCUUAUAGUUCCACCUCUAGCACUUGGCAGUACUCUAAGAACCACAAAUACAAAUACAAGACACAAAUAUGACAUGACACCGACAUGAAAACAAGUCAACUUUUAAAAAUUUAGGACACAAACACAACAAGAACGCAUUUAUUAAAAUAUACAUUUUUCUAAAAGAAUAUAUACCAUUUUUAAACUGGGAAACUCAAAGUCAAUGAGUUUAUUUAUUUCUAUGCUUAAACAAUUAGUUUGAUACAUUUCACUCUCAAAUUUUAUUAUUUUUGUCAUCUAUAUGUUGACUUAGUAUGUGUAAGAAUGUUUAAUGCACGUCUACCAAAUAUUGAUCCUAUUUUGACUUUGUACAAUUAGUCUUCAACACAUCUAUUACACUAAUAAGUCUCCGACACGGACACUCUAGCCAAACUAAAGUAUGUGAGCUUCUUAGACAAUACCUCAAGCCAUGUUGUGUUUCAAUGACAUUCAUGAUAUAUAUAUAUAUAUAUAUAUAUAUAUAUAUAUAGUAACUCUAAAUCUCCAUGUUUUUAUUUCUGGUUGCAGUAUCCAGAUUUCAGGCCUCCGACGUCUCCUACACCAUCGCAGCCGUAAUUCCAUAAUAAUUUAGCUGGGAAUUGCAGAGGCUAUAUUAGUGAGUAAUUAUGGUUGAGCUCCAUAUUUUUUAGUGUUGAAAGAAGGUGUAGAUGACAGACUGAGUCAGUGCUCUUAUUAUAGUAUUCACCAAAAAGUAUGCUGCUUUGCUUUGCUUUGCUUUUCCCAUCACAAGUCAAUGAAAUUGUAGUGUUAUUCGGUGAGUGUCUCUCAA